CUCCAAAACAAGUUUUUAGACAGAAUUGACUGCACUCCAUAGAUCCGACGGAAAUCAUAAACUUCCUUUCUUCUUCCCAUAUUCUUGUUCCAGCCAUUAACGACCGGUCUGAAGCUCAAUCUUUUAUUUGGACGCUCUUCCAAAACCAAAUUUCCCAUAAAAAAAAAAAAAAAAAAAAGUAUCUGUAAAAGGGAUAUUGGUUCUCUAGGGAGAACAAUGGGAGAUUUAGAUAAUUGUGUUAAAGAUGAUUCAACAUUGGCCUAGAGAAUCGGACCUUAACUUUGCAGUUGGUGACGAUGAAGAAAACUUUGAAAGAGGAGGUGACUUCGAUCAGGAUCAGAACCAACAUGAGCAACGUAGUUCCCCCUCACUAAAUCCGGAAUAUUCUUACGUUGUGGCAACUGAAUCUGGUCAUGACAGUGUCGUUGAAACAAAAUUUGCCCAUGAUCCAGAGAGGACUCAGUCUCCAUUCAAGGACAAUAACCAAUACCAAGGUGAGAUGGAUGAGUUGCAUGGAAAUAAUUUUCUUAACCCCUCCUCUCAUUGUAAGUCACAAACAUUCCAUAAUGAAACGGGAGCUGAAGAUUCUGCUCAUUCACAGGAGUCUCCACUAACAGCAAAUGCAAACCGGGGAGCUGGAGAGCAGAGCGAAUCUGACAUGGGUAGGCCAAUUGAUGCUCCGCAUGGUGGAGGAGAGAACAGAUUUUAUUCAGAGAGAUCACAAUAUGAAUAUAGUGAACCCAAGAAAGAUGACUCCCUAGGUGAGAACAGACACCCUGGCAUAUAUCAUUCUGAUCUUCAUUCUCCCAAAAGCACUGCUGGAGGAUCAGUGUCUCCUAAGACAAAGAGACAAAUGUCAAUUUCACCUGAAGGCUCGCCUUCUCAUCAAGGUUCUCAAGCACGAAUAUCUCAUUGCCGGAAAAUUUCUUCCCCUGAUUUGCAUAAAGGAAUUUCACUUGAUCAAUUAUCUCCGGCCAGGCAAAGUUCUGCUUCAACACAGGGCAUUCAGCGUCAGUCUCAGCAUAAGGAUAGCUCGUCUCACAAGCAUAUAACUUCGCCCCCAAGGUCCCAUCGCUCACCCCCAAGGUCCCACCGCUCACCCCCAAGGUCCCAUCUUUCACCACCAAAGUACCGGAGAAGGGAUAACUCAGAGUCACGAUCAUCCAUUCGACACAGAGAUUCCUAUGGUUACCAGAGGGAUUACCGUGACCGAACCCGAUCACGGUCCCCAUAUUCAAGAGUCCAUCAUAGGUCCACAAGGGAAAGGCAUUCUCCAAGGCGAAGGUCCCCUUUUCCAGAAUAUCAUCACCGAUCUCCUAGAAGGAGACCUUGGUCACCACCGCCUAAUAGGAAAACUGGAUUAGGGAAACCUGGGAGAAAUUUAUUUGUUGCAGGUUUUAGCUUCGCGACUACAGAGAGAGAUCUGGAAAGGAAGUUUUCUAGGUAUGGCAGAGUACAACAUGUUCGGAUCGUUAGAGACCAGAGGUCGGGAGAUUCGCGUGGAUUUGGAUUUUUGACGCUGGAAACGGAUGAAGAUGCUGAUGCGGCUAUCAGAGCUCUAGAUGAGACUGAGUGGAAUGGUCGGAUUAUUCUUGUCGAAAAAUCCAAAAGUUGAGGGCUUGAGACUCACCUUGAUCACAACUAGCCAUUGAAAUCUUUUUUUCAGUCGUGUAAUUUGGUUUUCUGAAGUUAGUACUGCCCACCAGUGUUGUAUAAAAAAUGAGUACAGAUUAUAUAUCACAUCAUAAGGGAUUCCUUCUCUUCA